UUGGGGCCAGCUGGAUCAUGCCAUUGGAGACAACGACAACAAGCUUGGAGCACUUACGUUCCGGGCUUCUGGUCCUGGAAGGGUUGAAGCUCGACCGUUCUCACGCUCAUGAUGUCUGAGUAUUUUUUGUAUGUUGUUUCAAGGAGAAUUGGGGGAAUUGAAGCGUUGGUUGAGCGACCGCAGGCGUGUUUUGAGCUCAAGAGGGGCACCAGCUCGUGCCUACCCCCACUACGGGAUGACGCCGCCCAAGCGUCGAUUGGCAACCACUAGAAGUUCCGCAGGAAAGGAUCCGCGUCCUCACACGCCUCAACUGCCAACUUUCCUCAACGGUUUCGUCUUCGUUUGCUCAACACCCGCCCGCAAAGACAAUCUCACGGCAAGGCUUGAGGCUGUCUAGCCGUUCUCCAGCAUUCGGCUCGGCCUGGCCUGUCGUGCACGGACUCCCCCAUCAUUUGCCGCACAGUCCAGACGUCUUUUUCCAUCCCAACACGAGGAAGAUCAAUUCGC